AGCAGGUGGCUGAUCUGGUUAAUACACGAUCUUUGUCUGCUUUUGCUCCCCCCCUCCCUGCACGUCUUCUCUGUCGACAGGAAACAAGCAGCUGGCUUUCGCUUCCUGCAAUCAUCGGCUGCCGCCAAGUGGACAUUAUUGACGAUCUUCGGAGCAUCCUUUGAACAAUAAAGUCCAUUAAGGAGCAAAGGGGAUGUCUGUCGCGGGGUUAAAGAAGCAGUUCCACAAGGCCACACAGAAAGUCAGCGAGAAGGUGGGUGGCGCCGAAGGAACCAAGCUCGACGAUGACUUCAAGGAAAUGGAGAAGAAGGUGGACAUCACCAGUCGAGCAGUUCUGGACAUCAUGACCAGGACCACUGAGUACCUGCAGCCUAACCCAGCAUCCAGAGCCAAACUCAGCAUGAUCAACACCAUGUCCAAAAUCCGAGGACAAGAGAAGGGACCUGGAUACCCUCAGGCUGAGUCCGUUCUCGGAGACGCCAUGUUGAAGUUUGGACGGGAACUCGGGGAAGAGUCCAGCUUUGGCCUGGCGCUCAUGGAUGCUGGUGAGGCAAUGAAGGAGCUGGGCGAGGUAAAGGACGCUCUGGACAUGGAGGUCAAACAGAACUUCAUUGACCCGCUGCAGAACCUCCAUGACAAAGACCUGAAGGAGAUCCAGCACCACCUAAAGAAGAUGGAAGGCCGCCGCCUGGACUUUGACUACAAAAAGAAACGUCAAGGGAAGGUGCAGGACGACGAGAUCAAACAAGCACUGGAGAAGUUUGACGAGAGCAAAGAGAUUGCAGAGCAGAGCAUGUUCAACCUUCUAGAAAGCGACAUUGAGCAGGUGAGCCAGCUGGCAGCUCUGGUCCAGGCCCAGCUGGAGUACCACAGCCGCACAGCUCAGAUCCUCCAGCAGCUCUCCAGUAAGAUGGAGGACAGAAUAAAGGAAGUGUCCAGCAAACCCAGGAAGGAGUUUGUUCCCAAGCCUCGCAUGACAUUGGAGCUGCUGCCUCCAAGCGAGAGCCACAAUGGUGGUCUCCAUUCCGCUAAGUCCCCUGGAAGAUCGCCAGCUCCUCUGGACCAGCCGUGCUGCAGGGCGCUCUACGACUUUGAGCCAGAGAACGAGGGCGAGUUGGGCUUCAAGGAGGGCGACGUCAUCACGCUGACCAAUCAGAUCGAUGACAACUGGUACGAGGGAAUGAUCCACGGUCACUCGGGCUUCUUCCCUAUCAAUUACGUCGACAUCCUGGUGCCACUCCCACAUUAAGGCCCGCCGCCGCCGCCGCCCCGCACGACCAAUCACCGCAGUCCACGAAUACCCGCCGCCUCCUCCUUCUUCUGUGCUUUGUGCGACUGCGUGACGUCAUGAUUGACAGCCGCCUGGCUGUGGGACUCGAGUGGGAAGAAGAGAGGUGAGCGUGUCCGCAUGACACCACGUGAGGCUUUUUAGCCGACUCGGCGCUCCACGCCGCCACAGAGAGGCGCUGUGGCGUAAAAUGCGCGCGGUCGCCUCGGCGUCUUUCAGCAUGGCUCUCUCCUUCUCUUCUUCUACCACGCUACGUUUGCAUGAGGCAGCCGUUUGGCAUCAUGGAGGGGCGGGGUCUUCUCAUGACAACGCUGACGUCAGUGUUUUUUUUUGUCAAGUGGCUGCUUGUUGAGGCAUCUUUCUUGUGGCUUUUGCAUGCGAGUCUGUUUGAACAACAUGGAUGUUACUCCCUGCAUCACGAGGUCACCACGUCGGCGGGCCGCCAAGAGGUCAGCUGUCCGUGAGGUGAAUUAGUAGACGCAAAAGUAUUCAACGUUGUCAGUCUGUCGUGUGUAUCCAAAUGUGCUUCUUGACCUGGGGUGUCCAAACUGCGGACUGAGGGCCAUAUUGGCAGCAUAUUGUGAAAAUAUAAUCAAGAAAAACAACAGCAAAAGUGGAAAAAAAAGAGCACAAUGGUGUAAUGUAAUCAGAAAACGUUGAAAUGUUCAUACAGUGGAACCUCGGUUAACAUCCGCCCUAGUUAGUGUCCUUUUCAGUCAAUAUUGAAAAUUUAGGCCAAAACUUUGCUUUGGUUUGUGUGCAUUCUCCGAUUAGCAUACAAUAUGGAACACAUCUUAUCGUUAACACACUUCCUGUAACCGACUGUGUUGUUAGCUCUUCUUAGUUAUAAGCUAGCUUAGCAAAAUGGCAACCAGAACCCGUCUAUAAUGUCAUCAGCAGUUGACUCUCAAAAAUGUUAGCACAAAACACGUUUCUAUGCUUUUACAAUUAUAGUUUUACAUGCAUAAAACAGUUCCUAAUGCAUAUACAUGAUGAAUAAAAGGGGUUACUUUUACCUUCAUUCAGGAUGUGAAUGUUCAAAGACCCAUGAAAAAUUGUCUUCAAUGAAGGUUUAUUCAUCACUUACAUGUGUUUCAAAUUUUUUUCCAAGUCUAAAAAUUAAACAAUAAAAGCGUGUUUUGGGCUUUCUGGAACUAAUUAAUUGGAUUUACAUUAUUUCUUUGGGGAAAUUUUGAUUUGGUUAGCGUCCGUUUCAGUUAAGAGUCAGACUUUCAGAAACAAAUUAAAGAAACUAAAGAAGUUCCGCUGUACUGAUAAUACUAAAAAUAAUAACAUUUGUCACACGUAACACAAAGCUGGCAGGCAGGCUGUUUUUUUUCUUCGAAUAUGUAUCUUUUAUCUUCGCAUAUCUACCCACGGGUUUCUUUUAGCAUGCUAAAGAAUGGCCAUAAAUGGCCCACAAAUCAUUAAAUUUUUCAGUAUGCUGUCCUCAAUGGACCAGGUUUGGACACCUCUGUCAUAUUCCAAAGCUGAUAUGCAGGCUGUUUUAAUCUUUUCUUACAAAAUACCCAUUAGAUUUUUCAGUCUGCGACCCUCAGUGGAAAAAAGGUUUGUUGUCUAUACCAUGCUAGCAUGCUAGCAACCUUGAGAUGAAAAGAAGUGUUCACCGUGCAAAUAAACCGACAGUAUGCAUCCACUCAAGUAGUCUCUGUAUGACAUGUGAGUUAGCAUGGCUAAAGCUAAAGGCUAAUACUUGCGGCAAACAACGAGCCACCUAGCCUAGCUGUUGAAACACUAACAAAGUCUCAUGGAGCAAAUGCUUCUUCCCGCCAACUGCUUCCUUUCUCCAAGUCAACAUCAUGAAGUGUAACUUCUGGGUAUAAAAACACACAGCUGCUAACUAUGGAUAUCAAUAAGUAUUGAUCUUAAAGGCAAUAAAAGAGAAACUUACACUGAGCUCAUCAGGUAGGUUUGUUAUGUUGAGCUGGUUUGCGUUGUGGUGUUUUAACGGUGGCCGCCAUGUUUGUUUGCACCACCUGAUGUCUGAUUUCCAUUUGCACUUUUAUUUCAAAGUGUAUUUCCUCAUUGUCACUUUCUUUUAAUUGGCUGGCGACGUGUUUUCUGGCCUCCAUGAGGGACCCUUGCAGCCUUGUUCAGACCCUUGUUCAGUACUUGAAGACGCACGCCAGUCAGUAACAGGACCUUGCUUUGACCUCUGGCUGCUCCGUGAUACAGUUUGCCUUGUAUAAAAUGGCCUCAUCAGUCUGCCUGCUGUCUUCUGCUGAGAUACUUUAUUUAUAAUUGUAUUUAUCACUGUCUUAUUUAUUUAUGAGCUGUGGUGGAGGGGGGGCCUGGUCCAACAUAGCUGUUGCUCUCCUCCUCUUGGAUGAUGAUGAUGAUGAUGAUGAUGAUGAUGUGUAUGUAUCUAUUUGUUGUGAAGAUGACCUGCAAUGUACUGACAAUAAAGGAAUAACACGACACUUUGAUGUCU